GUUAAUAUCACUUUUGUACCAAAACAUUCAUAGACGCUAGGAAAAAAAAUAGCUAGAAAAGAUGAAAAUCUCAUCAUCAUCAGGAAUUGUAGUAGUUCUUCUAUUAAUUUAUCUUCUCCCUGGGAACGAGGUCGUAGCAUUCCGUCGUCAUGAAUCUAGGGAUGCAGGACAUUUUUGUUACAAAUUCACUUCUUUUCCUGCUGCAAGUUUGCAUUUCCGGGGUGGAGUUUGUAAGGACUCGAUAUGCGAGAGCGCAUGCCGCAAUAAGUUUGGAAGAAUUGGCGUAGUGAUUUAUGGACGGUAUGAGAAUCUAUCUUGCGGUUGCUACACUGCUUGUAAGCAUUUGUAUGACCCGCCAAGACCAGAUUUGAAAUUAAAUUAAGUUAGAUAUUAGUUCCUCGUGACUAAAUAAAUAUUUUGAUACCCUCCCAUCAAUGGUUUCUCCAUAGUUACAAGUUUUUUUUUCUUUCUUUCGACAAAGUAUUUCUUUUAUUACAUAUUUCCUUUUUUUUAUAAUGGUGAAAUAAAUUGAAUUAACACAAAACAAACAAAAGUAACACAA